GUCUUAUCAGCGUCCAACGUGGCUGUCCCGUAGCCGCUAUCCCUCUUUCGCGUCUCCGCCAGCAAGAAGAAAGCGCGCCUCGGCUUCCGCAGCUGCCACUGAAACUGCCCGUCACAUCAGCCGCGUGCCCUAGACAGUUGUUGCGCUGUGUUUUACGCCAGGACGCGGAACUUGCCUGGGGAAAACAAAAGCCCGCCGCGGAGUCUUUGUUUCUGAGUUUGGCCGUGCGUUCUUCGUGCGUUCUUUUUCGUGCUGUGCCGUGAUGCGGUCGACGCUCGGUUUUGCGGCUGCUGGCCGGACACCGGUGCUCGCUGCGUUCUGCCUGCUGUGUGCGGUUGUGUGCUGCGUUUUCCCAACGGCGGCUGCGAAUGCCGACGACGGUGGCGACAAAGUGGCCGAAGUGCGUCGGAAAUUCGGAAAGAGGGACAUAAUCCACGACAUCGAGCACCUCAAAGAAGAUCUGAAGACAAUUACAGAUCUGCAAAUCGAGGGCAAGCUUACGGAAGACGAGACUAUAUUUUACUUUCUUCGCAUGCACGACUUCGAUGACAACAACAUGCUUGACGGCUGGGAGCUGCUGACCGCGAUGAAGCACAUGGGGACGCACGGCCAUGGUAAGGACGAAGCCGAGACCGGAAUCAAUGAGACAGUUGAGGCCGUGGACGCCCUGAUGCACUUUGACAAGAACGAUGACGGAUUCCUGGAGUACGCUGAACUUCGCUCUUCCUCUGACGAACCAUAGAAGGCUGACCUCGUCACGUGAAACCUACGGUGUCAUCGUUUUUCCUCCAUGUUGUGAUUUACAGUAUUUAAGGAUGGUGUGGUCACGGCAUACAGUUUGUGCGAGCGUCAUCUUAACGAAACGCAUCCUCAUUGAACCGAGCUUCUGAUGUCUCCAGGUUGUUUAAAAUUACGUGGAUUAUAAGCAAGGAGCGAAGUUGGCAGCUUUGGCGGUUUUAUUCCCCCAGUGUAUUGGUUGUUUUAUAUGUUUUGAAGUCACGCGGAAUGAAGUUUAUUUUAGCGAGUUGUCAAACCUUUUAGUUUUUAAGGUAUCUGAGAUAAGGUUCAAGCUGUAGAUCAUCAGCUCUCAUCACACUUCUUUCAUUUAAAAACGAAAUCUUCGAAGCGGUGUUAAUUAUCAUUUAAGUAAUCAAAAGCCUUGCCAACGACGUGAUCGCCACAAAUAUUAUCUGAGGUGCUCGCUUACGUAUAAUCGCGAUACAAAUGUGAUUCCACUGUCACUACUUCUGGCAUUAGUUUCUGCCAAAUUUUUUGUGCAUCUGCCAUAUAAACUUUGUAGCGGAGCUCAAAAAUAAACAUUUCAUUGUUUCCUCG